GAAUGGCCGUACAGCACUAAACCGGACGUUCGCUUUCUACGGCGACGCAAGUUGAAUUGAUUUUGGUUAGGGGGUGUAUGUGCUCAAAUAACAACAGAUCAGCUGUACUUCUGUCAGUGAACAAUCAACAAAAAUGCCAGAAUAAAUAAAACGCACGAUGGCUAUGUACAAGAGCUUCUCAGUUUUGGAAAAAUCAAAACCCCCGAACCCACACAGUGUACUUUUGCAACGUAGGGGUAAAGAUGAAACCCUCCUUUUUGAGUCUCAAGCAGUGGCUGUACUUUCCUCACCGGAAACAGAAGUAGUUAAAAAGGAAUACACAAAAAUAUUAGAUGCUUAUGGCUGUCUUGGGGUCCUACAACUGUAUUCGGGGGACACGACGGUGUUGUAUCUUGUCAUGGUGACAGGGUGCUUCUCUGUGGGGAAAAUUGGAGAUUCUGAGAUUUUUCGAAUAACACAGACCCAGUUCGUACCCUUGCAUUACCAACAGAAUGAAGAUAGGAUAGCGGAAGUCCGAAAAUUGUUAAAUUCAGGAACAUUUUAUUUUUCGUGGUACUCGGGGCCCCCUGGAGGGCCCCAACUAGAUUUAACGUUAUGUGCACAGAGAAGGCAAAAAACCGGCACAACGGACCACAGAUUUUUCUGGAAUCGUAUGCUGCAUGUGCACUUAGUUAGGUUUGGUGUUGACUGUAAUUCAUGGUUGGUCAGGUCAAUGUGUGGUUCAGUUGAAAUUAGGACCGUUUAUGUAGGUCAUAGGAAAGCACUAGCUGCCGUUAUAUCAAGGUUGAGUUGCGAAAGAGCAGGCACUAGAUUCAAUGUACGAGGAAGUAAUGAUGAAGGCCACGUAGCUAAUUUUGUAGAGACUGAGCAAGUAAUCUACUUAGAAAAUGAAGUCUCGUCGUAUUUACAAACCCGGGGAUCAGUUCCGUUGUUUUGGGAACAACCUGGAGUUCAAGUAGGUUCUCAUAAAGUGCGAAUAUCCCGAGGGUACGAAGCAUCAAAAGCCGCUUUCGAUAGACAUAUGAAGACCAUCAAAGAAAGAUACGGUAAACAAGUAAUCGUGAAUCUCUUAGGAACAAGUUUAAUUGGGAGUAAAGAAGGCGAAGCCACUCUCAGUCAGGAGUUUCAGAGACAUCAUAAAGAAUCGUGUCAUAGCGAUAUUCCUCAUGUGGUUUUUGACUACCACCAAGAGUGCCGUGGCGGCAAUCAAACCAAUCUUCAAAAACUCAAAACCAAAGUAGAUCAACAAAUCCAAGAAUUUUCGUAUUACCACGCUAAUUCCACUACGAUAUACAGCUUACAAACGGGCACAAUUCGAACAAAUUGUUUAGACUGUUUAGAUAGGACUAAUUGUGUUCAAACAUUUUUCGGGUUAGAGAUUUUAGCCAAACAAUUACAAUCUAUGCAAUUAGUAGAUAAAAGGCAAACAGUAUCGCGGUUUGAAGAAGUUUUCAAACAGAUGUGGAUUAAUAACGGGAAUGAAAUCAGCAAGAUAUACGCAGGAACGGGCGCCAUACAAGGCGGGUCGAAGCUGAUGGAUGGAGCGCGCUCGGCAGCGAGAACCAUCCAAAACAACCUUCUAGAUAACUCAAAACAAGAAGCAAUUGAUAUUCUUCUAGUAGGUUCUACUUUAUCUACUGAACUAGCCGAUCGUGCCCGAACGUUACUACCGUACAAUACCCUCCAUGCACCCCCUCAUGUCCUCCGCGAAAUGUGUAAAAGAUACACCGAGUAUACCGAUCCUUUACCUUUCCGCAUAGCUGUCGGUACCUACAAUGUUAACGGCGGUAAACACUUCCGUAGUGUCGUUUUCAAAGAUAUCAAACUAUCUGAUUGGUUACUCGAUCCACAUGUCAAAAGCCCCGGAACCCUGGUAGAUACAGGCUACACAGAUGACCAUAGAUCGAUCCCUGUGGACAUCUAUGCUAUAGGUUUUGAAGAAAUCGUAGAUUUAAAUGCGGCUAAUAUUGUCAAUACUAGUAGCGAGAAUGCCAAGUCUUGGGCCACUGAACUGCAGAAGGUUUUGUCACGGGAUAGACCUUACGUGCUGGUGACGUAUCAGCAGUUGGUUGGAGUGUGUUUGUACUUGUUUGUAAGGCCUGAGCAUGUGCCUUACAUUAGAGAUGUUGCUGUUGAUUCUGUAAAGACUGGACUUGGGGGACAUACUGGGAACAAGGGCGCUGCUGCUAUCAGACUGGUGUUUCAUGCGACUUCAUUGUGCUUCGUUUGUGCACACUUUGCAGCAGGUCAAAAUCAAGUGGCCGAAAGGAAUGCCGAUUAUAACGAAAUCACGAGAAAGAUUACAUUUCCGAUGAGUCGCUCCUUGAACUCCCACGAAUACUUAUUUUGGUGUGGCGACUUCAAUUAUAGAGUUGAUAUGGACAAGGAUGAAAUUAAGGAGCUGAUAAAGACAGGGGACUUUGAUAAAAUUUUGGAGUGUGAUCAGCUGAUGAAACAACAACAAGAAGGAAAUGUCUUCAAAGAUUUCACUGAAGGCAAAAUCACGUUCCCACCCACAUACAAGUAUGAUUUAUUCAGUGAUGAUUAUGAUACAAGCGAGAAAUGUCGAGCCCCUGCAUGGACAGAUCGUGUUCUAUGGAGACGGCGAAAACAAUCUUUCGCUAUCACGAAUCAACUAGAGAAUUGUAACCCCGGAAAACUCGUCUUUUACGGCCGCUCCGAACUAAAACAAAGCGACCACAGACCAGUGAUUGCCGUUAUUGAUAUUACAGCUCGAAAAAUAGACGAAAAUAAGCGGCAGAACAUGUUUUAUGAAGUUAUUGCUGACAUGGGACCACCAGAUGGCACCAUCAUAAUCAACUAUGAUGGUGGAUCUCAGAAUGAUGAAGUUUUUGACGACCAACUUGUCGCUACUCUUUUAGAAGACUUCACCCAAUUUGGUGAAGCCAUUUUGGUAAGGUUUAUCGCAGACACCAUGUGGAUAACCUUCAGAGACGGCCAAUCCGUUCUCAAAAUAAUGAACAAAACUCAAGGCCGGAUACAAGAACAUCAUCUUACUUUAUCGCUAAAAACCCCCAACUGGGUCGAGCAAGCGAAAGAGGAAGUCGGUCUAUGUUCUAGCAACACCGUACCGUUAUAUACGUCACCCACUCAAUCCGAGUACAACUGUUUAGGCAUUCCAGAGGUGAAACGACCGCCCCCACCUAAUCGUCCUCCACCUCCUGCGGUGAAGUCACCCGCGACUCCUCGCAGAGCACCUCCUCGAGCCGGUGUCAUCAGUUUGCCCUCCAUGAAUUCGUCAGCACCACCCAGCAUGCCGCCACCCGAGCUUCCUCCGGAAGAUACGGGUAUUUAUGAGGAAAUUAACGACGAUAUUGUGAGUGCUCCGGAGCCUCAAGGACCGCCGCCGCCACCCCCACGACCCGAGCCGGCGCCGUCUACACCGCAAAGAGAGCCUCCGCCCGUACCUGCUCGCUCUGCUCCUCCACCUCCUCUCCCGGCUCGUCCUCGGCAGUAAUCCCUAGUCAGAGUUUAGACCACGUGGCUACGCGCAUGCGCGCUUUGGUGUGUGUCGUGAGUCACCAAAAGUUACAAAUUUGAUUUACAUUUGUGUUGUAUCAGAUUAGUCAAUAAGGUAAAACGAAUUUUGAUGUUUUUUUCGUUGAUUUCUUUUCUUGCCUUAGACUGUGACUGUAGCUUGGCUGUUAUUAGAUGUAUUAGUUUUUUCUGAUGCUUCUGUGUAUUCAUGUCGGAUUUGUAAGAGUAUUUAGUUCCUAUUUUCUAUAAAGAAAUGACUGUUAGGGAACAUUCCAUUAUUUAUUGUACAUUGAUUGUUGAUCAAAGCACAGCGAGCACGGAGUGGACGAGUAAUGCUCUUUGUGUUUUGGGUACUAGUUUAUUUGCGUGUUAAUUGAUGGCAUAUAAGUCUAUGAAAAUUUUACUGUUGCUUAUUGUUUUGUACUUGACAGAUUAGACCCACUAGGAAACAAGUGCUUUUUUAAGCGUCGAAUGUUUACUGUAUAUUGUACAACAUGUUGAUAUUUAGAAAAUUUGCUGUAAAGUGUUGCUACAACAACGUUUAAAUUUAUAUAUUUAGUGAUGUUUACUUUUCUUAGAAUUAAAUUAACCAUUAUCAAAA